CUUGGAAGAUGAUUUUAUAUUUGUGUUUUUUUGCUCUUUGUGCAGUUGUAUCAGCAUCCAUUACAGGUUUAUACUGCCAAGAUCCAGAUACAGGAAAACUUCACGCAGUAAAUACAACAUGGCCAUCACAAACUUUCUGCGGGAAUUAUACGUGCAAAUUGAGAAAGAAAAACACUACAGAAACAGAGUAUAAACCACUGAUAAAAAUUAAUAUAACAGACAAGCACAUAAAGAGUUUAAAUGAUAUGACAUCAAGUACAAGCUCACUUAGUAAUGUUGAAGUCAGAUUAAAUAAUACUGAAGUUCAUCCAGUGUUUAAUAAGGAUUCAUUUAAAAAACUUAACAAAGUCAAAAAUACUACGAAAGACAAUGACCGAUAUCUAACCGAAAGUGAAAUUAAUGCAAUAACAGACAUUCUUCAUACGGUAAAGAAGAGUGAUCUUGAUGCUAUUAUAGAAAUCUACAAUAUUGCCCAAGACAUAUUAAAUGAAGAGUCAAUUUAUAAUAAUACCGAUAUGCAGAAUGCGAUCAUAGAUAAGUUAUCAUUUUUAAAAAAAGCUACGAAUGCAGUUAAAAAGAAAAAUUCUAACGAUGAUAAAUCGAUGUCCUACUUUUAUGAACCUCUUCAUAAAGGCAACAUUAAUGAAAAUUUAAAAGAUAUGAAAAAUACUGACACAAAUCCAACCACAACCUAUAAAGACUACCCUUAUCCAUACCCUUUAUCGUAUUAUCAAGGCGGUAGACAAGAUUAUGGUAAGAUGCCAUAUUACUACCCAGUUUCAAACUUCCAAAGAUUAUCUUCAUAUAUUUACAAUAGACCAUAUGCAAGUACAUCAUUUACGCCGUAUCAAAAACCAUUUAUGGCACCAACAGUACGCCCUUGCAAUACUCCUUUACCAACAUUCUUCCCUUCACCCUGGCAUGAUCGUUCACUGAUAAAGCCUUACAUAAGACCACAGCAUCAUGUACCAAUGCAGGCAAUGUUGUUACCAUAUCCAUUUUCUUACGUCAGACCAUACAACUAUUCCAACACAGCCCCACAUUCCCAUAAUAAUUAUCCUUGGAGUCCAAUGGAUACUUAUAAACGAUACUAUUUACCCUAUUAUGGAAACUCAAAUCCACCUAUAUCUCAAUAUCCCUCGCCACCUAUAGCUGAAGAAGUGAAAGAAGUCGAAAUGGUAAAUUCUGUGGAAGUGGACAUUAAACAUGAUUCUAAAUCUAACGAAGAUACAGAAUUACCGGAAUGGGAAUCCAAACCUUUACUAUCUCAAAUACUAGAUGAAGUAAGAGCUAAUAUUAAAAAUAAAACAAAACUAGUUAACCCUACACGAAAGAAUGUCAAAUUAGAGCGGGUUCUUAAACAACCCCUAAUAGACGAAUCGAACAGGAAAAAACGCAGUAUUUUAAAGGAAAGUAAGGCAGAAACAAAAGAGGAAAAUAUUUUUGAAACGUACAUUGAAAAAAUAAUGUGUAAAAUUGAAACCAGUACGGAGCCAGGUUUCUUUCGAGUGGGGAAUCUUUCAGCGCCGUACCCCAAUUGCUGUCCCCAAAAAAUUCCUUAAACGGCUUGGCUUUAAAAAUGGACUCUUAAAAGAAAACAUACAUAGAGACAAAUAUUAAGUUUUGUUCUGAUUUACUUAUUAUCAACGAAUAGAUAGAUCUAUUAUUAAAUUAGUUGCUAAAUAUAUUGUGUAAAUUUAAUAAGAAAUUACAAAUUUGCUUAAUAUUUUACUUGGAACUAUGCAAUAAGCUUACCAAAACUGUUAAGCGCCUUCUCUCAA